CAGAAGCGUUCAGCCCAAUAAAGCCCAAAUAAAAGAUCUAGGGUUAAUUCAGUGUCACAUAUAUAAGCUAACUUAUCCUCUCUCGUCGCCUUCUUGUCUCUCGACGUUCUUCGAGCCAAAGGUAAGAGUUUGAAGAAGUGCAUCACAGACCAAAUAGAGAAGAUGUCUGAGAAGAAGGGAAGGAAAGAGGAAGUGGUGACCAGAGAGUACACCAUCAACCUCCACAGACGCCUCCACAGCUGUACCUUUAAGAAGAAGGCACCAAAGGCAAUCAAGGAGAUAAGGAAGUUUGCAGAGAAAGCCAUGGGAACAAAGGACGUAAGGGUAGACGUGAAGUUGAACAAGCAGAUAUGGAGCAAAGGAAUCAGAGGUCCUCCAAGGAGGAUUAGGGUGCGUGUUGCACGUAAGAGAAACGACGAUGAGGACGCAAAGGAAGAGUUUUUCUCACUCGUCACUGUUGCUGAAAUCCCUGCCGAAGGACUCAGUGGACUUGGCACUAAGGUCAUUGACGAGGAGGAUUGAAGAUCCGUUUAGUCACUGAGAGACUAGUUUUGUGGUUUUUUUUUUCGUAUUUCUUGUUGUUUUCAUUUCAAAAGGAGUUUUUGUCUUUCUUGGUAGUGUUGACGAUGCAGUUUAUUGGAAAGACUCAUUUUCUUCUCCAAGACCUAAAGAUGAAUCUGCUUUAUGUUCUUA